GACUUUUUUUUCAGCAUGGGUCUUUCAGUUGUUUCAAUUCUGCAGUUAUUUGCAAGCUUCAGAAAUCAUGUCACUUUUUUCAGCUUGGGUCUUUCAGUAGUUUCAAUUCUGCAGUUAUUUGCAGACUUCAGAAACCAUGGCGCAUUUUUUUCAGCAUGGGAUGGCAUCUCGAGCCCUAUAGCUGCGCACAUCUUGGACUUCUGUGACGACGGCAAUGGUGGCGACCUCUUCGCUGCGGUGAACGCCACGGCCUCUCCUGAGGACGCGUCCGCCUCGUCGUCGUCCACGGCGACCACGCACGCCGACAGCCUGUCGCCGUUACCGUCGCUGGACUCCACGUUGUCGGCUCUGCUCGAGCAAGACGAGCCGACUGGCACCGAGGGGGAGCUCCUUCUUCCGCUCGAAGACUACACGUUCGCGGCGGCCGUUGAUGACACGCAAACGCCAGAGGAGCAGCAGCAGUUCGGUCAAAUGACGCUCCCGAUGGUGCCAGCGCCGGCGGCGGAGCACCCGGCGCUGCAGACGCAGCUGAGCAGCACCGCGUCGGAGCUCAUGCAAUUCGCCUCCGGAUACAACGACGAGUGCUUCGCCGCGGCAUUGGCCGGGGCAGGAGUGGGAGCGGGAGGGUUUAUGGGCAUGGACGAGCCGCUUUGUCCACAACAGCAGGCGAUGCUCCCUGCCGGAGCCGGUGAGGCUUUCUUCAGCAAUAACGCCCACGCGCACCCAGCGCAGGCAGGCUUUUUCACUGGCGGCGGCGGCGGCGGAGGCUGUACUGGAAACAUGAUGAUGUCAAUGAUGGGUAUGGACGAGAUCGGCGAGUACCAGCGGAUGAUGGAAUGCGGCGGCGCGCUGCUCGGCGCCCACGCCACCGACGGCGCCGAGAUGGCCUUCGGCAACGCCGCCGCAGAGAUGCAGAUGGGAGGAAACGGCAGCCCGGUGCGGCUGCCGGCGACGGGGACGGAGGUCACGAGCUUGGAGGACACCAGCUUCAAGACCGUCCGCCUCUCCAACGAGGAGAGGAAGGAGAAGAUCCACAGGUACAUCAAGAAGAGGAACGAGAGGAAUUUCAGCAAGAAGAUCAAGUACGCUUGCAGAAAAACCCUCGCAGACAGCCGGCCUCGCGUCCGCGGCAGGUUCGCCAAGAACGACGACUACUGCGAGGCAUCCAGGUCGAUCGGCUCGCAGAAUCACGAAGAGUAUGAACAGAUUGGCGGCGUGAAGGGGGAAGACAUGCUUGAUUCUGACGCUCUAGCUCAUAUCAGCGGGAUGAGCUCUUACAUGUACAAUCACACAGUCGAAUCCUGGAUAUAAUUCAUUCGACGACACAGCACUGAGGCUCUCGAUCGAGUCGUUAAUUUUUUUUAUCUCACCUAUUUUGUGCAGAUUUUACCGGUCCUUUAUUUCCAACCUCUGAAUAAUCUUGUAGAAUUUGAGUUGUUGUAGGGUCGGUCUGUGUCAUGUCAAUCUACUUUUCACCUGUGCUGCCAUUCUUGGAGGUGAAUCAAAUAGUUUAGAGUUGAUUUGCAGAUAAAUAAUCUGUAUAGGUACAGUGUGGUGAAAAUACAUAGAUAUUAGGGAGGACCUAAUAUCAAUUAAAUAGAUAGUGUGUAUUGUUAGAAGGCAUUUUUGAAAUGCCUAAAAAAUGUGUUGAGGUUGUCUUGGAAACGGUUGGAAAACUUGGAGAUUGGAAAAAAAAAAAAGCAAUGUAGCAUUAGCAAAGGUUAAUUUGUAAACAAAGAAAGAGACAGAAUAUUUGCAAAUAUAUGAGCACAUCUUUGACAAGUA